AAUGAUUCCGUAACUGCGUGCAGGGCGCCUGGGUACGAGAAUGGAGGGCAGCUCACGGAGCAGGUGAUGCGGCGGCCGUACAGCGUGGUGCUGUUCGACGAGGUGGAGAAGGGGGACGACGCCUUGUUCAACCUGUUCCUGCAGAUCCUCGACGACGGCAGGCUCACCGACGCCAAGGGCCGCGCCGUCGACUUCACCAACACCAUCAUCAUCAUGACCUCCAACCUCGACGCGCACCACCUCGACGGCUACCCGGACAACGACGCCGCUCGCGAGCGCGUCCUCGCCGACGUGAGGAGGCACUUCCGGCCGGAGCUCGUGAACCGGCUUGACGAGAUGGUGGUGUUCCACCCCCUGUCGUCGUCGUCCGCCGGCGACCAGCUGCUGCGGAAGGUGGCCAGGCUGCAGCUCAAGGGCGUCGCCUCGCGCCUCGCCGGCAAGGGCAUCGACCUCGACGUCACCGACGCCGCCCUCGACGUGAUGCUGUCCGAGACACGCGGCGAGGUGAAGAUGUACGGCGCUAGGCCGAUCAGACGGUUCGUGCAGAAGGUCGUCGUGACAAGGAUCUCCAAGAUGGUGGUGCGGGAGGAGGUGCACGAGGACUGCUGCAUCUCCAUCGACGCAGACGAGGAGGUGAAGGAACUGGUGUUGACCGUCACCAAGAAGCCGGCGGACCAAAAGAAGGAGCUGAUGUGCGUAGUCGUCGAGAACCCUGUCGACGAGGUGAAGAAUCCGGUGAUCACGGCCGAGAAGACUGCAGACGAGAAAAGGGAGGAGCCGGUGUUCACUACCGAGAAGCCUGGAGAUGAGAAAAGGCAGGAUCCGGUGUUCACCGUCGAGAAGCCUGCAGACGAGAACAUGGGGCCAGUGUUGAUCGUCGAGAAGCCUGCAGAUGAGAACAGGGACGAACCGGUAGUCAUCAUCGAUCAGCAGCCUGAAAGUGAGAACAGGAAGGUCACCUUUGAAAAGUCUGUAGACAAUGGCAAGUAGGAUCCGGUAGUCACCAUCGAGAAUUCUGCAAACGAGGACAUGGAGCCGGUGUUCUCCGUCGAGAAGCCGGCAGACAAGGAGGAGCCGGUGUUCACUGCCGAGAAGCCUGCAGAAGAGGAGGAGCCGGUGCUCACCACCGAGAACCUUGCAGACCAAGAGAAGAUGGAAGCUGGGGGUUCACGGUCCUGAAGCCGAACUCGGACGAAUACAAAAGCAUCGUAUGCCUCUGAUGUAAACAACACAGAAUGACAGGCACAAGGAUUGACAAGAAUGGUAGAUCGUGCUGUAGUUUCCCUUCUUUCUUUUCUUUUUUUUUUUGAGGGCGUAGAUCGUAGUUUCCAAAGGAUACCACUAUUAUAUACAAAUGUGUCUUUCAG